CCCUCACAAGUCUUCGCUUCGUAAAAUGCCACCCAAGGAGAAAGUCGAAUCAACAGAGCAGGUUCUGCAGGCUGUCAUUCUCGCCGACAGCUUUGACGAGCGGUUCCAGCCCAUUACCCUCCAGACAGCACGCUGCUUGUUGCCGCUCUGCAAUGUCCCAUUAAUCUCGUACACAUUCGAGUUCUUGGCCGUCGCCGGUGUACAGGAGAUCUUUGUGUUUUGCUGCUCGCACUCGGAUAAGGUCAAGGCCUUUGUUAAGCAAUAUGGAAAGUCGUCGAACAUGAAGAUCCAUACGAUCGUGUCUCAGGAGUGCAUGUCUGUUGGAGACGCUAUGAGAGAGCUGGAUGCGAAGCAACUGAUCGACACUGACUUUAUUCUCGUCAAUGGAGAUGUGGUUUCGAAUAUGAAGCUGGAUAAGGUUCUGGAGGAGCAUCGCGCAAGACGGCAGGCUGAUAAGAGUGCAAUCAUGACCAUGGUUCUCAAGAAGGCUAGUCCGCAGCACAGGAGUCGCGCUGUUGGAGAUGGAUCGCUCUUUGUUCUGGACCAGUCCUCCAAGGAAUGCUUACAUUACCAGCCCUUGAAGGCGUUUAAGAGCACACGUCGGGAUCGGAGAAUGACCAUGGACAUGGAGAUCUUUGACAAGCACCCGGAGGUGCAGGUCCGCAACGAUUUGAUUGAUUGUCAGGUCGACAUCUGCUCUGUCGAAGUACCGGCAUUGUUUACAGAGAACUUUGAUUACCAGGACAUUCGUGCGGAUUUUGUCCAUGGCAUCCUGACGUCGGAUCUCUUGGGAAAGACGAUUCAUUUCCAUGAGGUCAGUGACGUUUAUGCGGCCAGGGUCCGGAGUACACAGAUGUAUGACGCAGUGAGCAAGGAUAUCAUCUCGAGAUGGACGUUCCCCAUGGUUCCAGACAGCAACUUGCAGGCUGGAGACUGUUAUGAGUUCAGACGGGGAUUGGUCUACAAGGAAAAGAGCGUGGUGCUGUCGAGGACCUGUGUUGUUGAGGAGAAGGUUGUCAUCGGAGCUAGGACUCAGAUCGCCGAGGACGCCGUGUUGUCAAAUUGUGUUAUUGGCAAGAACUGCGUUAUUGGCGCCAAUGUCAAGAUUGAUAAUGCUUACAUUUGGGAUAAUGUUACGAUCAAGGACAACUGCGUAGUCCAGCACAGUAUCAUUGCCAACGGCGCCGUUUUGGAAAAGGAUGUCACUGUCAACAAGGGAUGUUUGAUCUCGUUCAACGUAACUAUCGGAGCCAAUACGACAGUACCAGCGUAUUCUCGUUUAACAGCAUUGGCAGAGGACGAAGAUCAGAAUUCGGUCACGGAGUUGAUUUCGGACCCUGCAUUUGUAGGCCCCACUGGCAGGGGUCGUCCCUUCAAGGAGGCAGAGGACUCGGACGAUGAGGACGAUGAGGCUGAUCCUAGAAACAAGCAGGUGAACCGCCUGGCUUAUGACAUGUCGGCCCUCAAGCUGGAUAGGCAGGCGCAGGAGGAAUCUGCGUCGGAGUUCGAGAGCGAGGCCUCGGAUGUGGAGGAGGAAGAGGUCAACACGGCCGAGGAGCUGGACCGCGAGAUUGCACAGACAUUAGAGCGUGCGUUCAAAGAGGGUCACGAGGUUGAUAUUGCGGCCCUAGAGUUGAACACGUUGCGCAUGGCCUCGAACUCGAACUUUCACGAGAUGCGAAAGCGGAUUAUUCCCGGCGUGCUGAAGAACAUAGAUCUAUCUGCGAAGCCUGGCUCAAAAACGACGGUCAAGGAGGUCCUGGUUCGAUGGGGACCCUUGAUUGGCAGGAUGAUCCACGACGAGGCAGAUCAAAUCGACGGACUGUUUAUUCUGCAGCGGGCAUGUGCAGGAUUGCACGAGGACAGCACUCAGGCACAAAAGGUCUUUGCGCCUGCGCUGCGAUACUUUUACGACGAGGAUAUCACAGAAGAGGACUCGAUCUUGAACUGGUACCGCUCUGAUAAGAGCCAGCAGGGCACUGAGACCGAAAAGCGGCUGCGCGAAGUUGUAAGACCGUCAGCGACAUGAAUCAGCAUGUUUAAUCUGUAUCAAUGCCAAUUGUCUCCUAACACGACUUUGUUCACAACACUUAUCUUCAUAGGCCACCCCGAUGAUUCAGUUCCUGGAGCAGUCUGAUUCAGAAGAAGAGUCGGACGACGACGACGACGACGAUGAUGAAGACGACGAAGAGGAAUAGACGCAGCCUCUUGCUUCACGUCAGGAG